CCGAUGCACGCCGAACUAAAUGUCACACCAACGCUUUUUCGAACUUACCACGAUUAUUUCUUGCCUUUUUCCGAAAUAUAAUAAACGACUUUAGGCAAUAGAACAAAGAAUGAUGCACUUGUCUUGGAACUUCCAUCUUAGCGGCUUUACGCGGUCAGAUUGCGCACGCCCGCGUAAUAUCCGAAGAAAGGGCUUUGUCAGUGUGCGUCAUGCCUUUGUUGUGUCACAAUUGAAUUCGCAAAUGAAUCGAAAACAUAUUCUGCAAAACAUCUAUUUUUGUUAUUAUUGUACAUGACAAUUUGGCUUUUAUAGUGGUGGUUGGACUGUUUAUGGCAAUUUAAAUUGUCUAUUCACGUCGCAUUGACGUAGCUAGCAUCCAUAUUAGUUCGGAGCGAUCGCGUUCAUGUUGCUAUGGGCAGACAGCUGACGCUGUAGUGCGUAGUGUUGUUUACGUCGUUAUUACUGUGAUAUAAAGAUACAGAAGAACUGGCAACAAUGAGACGAGUCACCCAGAACGCUCCUUUUGGAACUGAUAAUACCCCUGCACUAGCAAUCAAGAUCGUUGGUGGCAAAAGAGUAGAAAUAUUAGCAAGAAAUGAAACUGAAUCCGAAAGCAGUCAAAGAAUUAAUGGCCCUCCAUACCCUAAAGGACCUCAUGGGACACCUUCCAUGUUAACACAGCCAAUAUUCCGAGCUUAUGAAUUUGAUGAUUUACAAAGGGGCUACAAUACUGCAAAGCAACAUGAAAUUGCACGACAGAUAACAUCCUACACAUCACCAUUCGGUGAUCGCACCCAGUCUUUUAGACAUGGUGUAAUUCCCAUUAAUAAAAAGGCAGUUCUGCCCCCUAUUGGAGUUUCCCAACCUGCAGGGUCAACUUUGGCUAAAGAAAAUGAAUUUUCUGGGACAUUUUUAACCGAAAUUGACAAUGAUGAAUGUAAUAAAGAUGACAUAACAUUAGAAGCUAUGAUAGUAAAACAACUACGAUCAUUUUCCAGUCACAAAAUCAAAGACAUGUACAUUGAGUUAUCAGCUUUUGACCGUCACCUCACAGGCUACGUAAGUCCCACUCAACUAAGCCUUGUUGCACUACGACAUGAUCUUCCACUUAAACCUUCUCUAAUGAAGCUCACUUUCCAGAAAUUUGCAGACGACAAGUCUGAUCCGAACCAGAUCAACUACGAAAAGUUUUUAAAUUUUCUUGCAACUUGUUUGACCAAAUCUGGUGUGUAUCAACCUGAGAAACAUUACACACCCAAAACAGCUGAAAAUUUAAGAAGUCCCCCAUCUGCUCCAUCACCUGUAGAAAACAAAUCCCUAUUUGUUAAUGCUGAGGAAAGACCAACAAUUACUUCAAAUGCCAAUGAUGAUAAACUAACCAGCCUAUUAAAGGAGCAAUUGGCUGGUGUUGAUGAUAUUUACUUUGAUCGGUUAAAAAGCACACUCCAAGCUGCUGACAGGCUAGGUAAUGGUGAAUUGAAAGCAGACGUGAUACAAGAUGCAUGUGUCCGUGUACAAGUUCCUCUCACUGACUCUGUGUUCACUAAAAUGCUUCAAAAUGCAGAGAUAGCUCAUGGAGUAGUAAACUGGCACCAGUUUUUACAACCACUCAAACAAGCAGAGCAACAGUUAAACCCAGAUCAUAACUUUGAUUCAUCAUACAACCAACACAAGGAGAAUCUGGUCAACUCCCCAUUUCAGUCUUCUCAUAAAACCUCACCAAGAAAAUCUACAGAAAAAAAGCAAAGACAAGCAGAACUAAAUUCGGCCUUUGACACAAGUCGUAUUCAAACAGCAGGUUGGGAUGAAAAUGAACCGUUACCACGACAGCUACAGGAUGAUGCAGAGCAUGAGGAGCAUACGCUCCGGAGGGGAGAAGAUUGGAUAAGAAAUUUUACUCGUCUUGCUCAUGCCCUCAGAAGUUACCAUCCUUAUAAAAAUGAUUACCUACCACGGAGAGAAGUCGAACGAAUGGUUGCCAAUUACAACCUUAUCUACUCGCUUGGGUUUUCCCCUGAUCGCCUCGGUGACGCAAUAGCACGCGCUGUGACGUCACAAUCCAAAGCGCCCGACAGUCAAACAGUUUCGAUAGACCGAUUACUCGAACACUUAUCCAACACAUGACGUCAUAUAGCUCUAUAUAGUUGGGUGGGGUAAGACGGGACAUGCCUCAUUUUCUCGUCCCAUUUGAUAGUAAACAAAGACUAUUAAAAAAGUUGUAACUGUAGCCCCGAUACUCUUUAAAAAGAGUUGGUAAUUGUUAAAGUAACUUAAAAAUACGAUCAGGAAAUAUUGGAUUUAGGUGCUAAUCCCAUCCUACCCCACAGUACUAUAUUAGAUAUUGUAUCUGAAAACCUCAAAUCAGAUCUUAGUCUUAGCCCUACACAAAUGUAGCUGGAUUUUCGCCUCUUUUAUAAACCCUAAUUUUGUGUUCUAUUCCAACCACUCAAAAUCAUUAUCAAAUAUUAUGCAGUAGAUAGAAGAUAUGCUUUCAUUAUAGUUUGCACAAAACAGUGUCCUAAAAGUUACACAGAACCUUAUUUUUCGCCACUGUGUCUAAAACUACAAAACUGUUCGUUUUAUUCGCCAAGUAUUCUUAUUUUAGCGCUGUAGAUUGAAUGUAGUUAUAAUUAAGACGAUUUUCUUACUUUUAGAAUCUAAAUUAAAUUUUUAAUAAAUCUAGUGUAGAAUAAACCGUACUGUAUAAUUCUUCACUUCAUUGAACUAAAGUUUAUAUGCAGCACAAUAAUAACUAUUGUUAAUCCAAAA